UUGGCACUUGCAUAACAAAUGUGGCCAGAGCCUCUAUAAGUCCAUAAGGAUUUAUAUGGGGUUAUAAUACUAGGCGCUUAUACUUUAAACAAAAUUCCAGAAGAUACCCAUGGUGUCCAAAGGGUUUUAGAAUGAAUGUAGCUAUUUGUAGCAAGUACACGUGUGGAAUUGGUGUAACUUAUGCAGCACCCCACAAACCAUACACACAUCAAAAGCUCGCCGCAUAAUCAACCGGCUAGCCCAUUCGCACGUUCUCGUUCACGCACGUUUCCAUUCUCAGUACCACCGCCUUCUUCAAAGUGGCUCAAACCACUCAGUGUUCUAAGAUCUCACCUUGUUCACGUUCACUAUGUCGAACAGAAUUGCUAAUGCAGUCCCGUGCCUCCAGACUCUCUGUCUGCCUAUAAAGACCUGAAUGGGACGAUAGUCGAGUCUUUUAGUUGAAUAGAGUGCUGAACCACCUUGCUGUCUUAUCACUGUCUUUGCCGUUGGUGUAGAAGAGAGGGGGCAAGUAAAGAUGAAGUUUUUCCUGUUUUUAGUCAACAGUAUUUAGCUGGUUUAUGUGUCUUUGUUGUUAGAGAAAAGAGAAGAAAAAAUUAAGUUGUUUAGAUCACUAGACUAGUUGCUUUACAUCUUUUUGCCACUGGCUUAAGAGUGAAAAACAGUGCUAGCUUUUUACGUCUGUCUUUGUCGCUGGUUUUCGGAGAGCGAGAGAGAGAGAGAGAGGAGAGAGAUGGAGAUCUCUGUCUCGUUUUCGAAGCGGGGGACGUUGUGUGGGUCGUCGGACAGUGAUGACUGGUCCCUGGAGGAGACAGUCUCUCUGUCUGGGAUUCCCAGUCGUAACGUCCAGAUUCUUGGCUAUGAUAAGGUCCGUAUAAUAAGUAUACCAUUUGUAUGUAUGUAGAUGCUGUCAAAAUAUGGUGCCAUGUUAGGUGCCCAGCGAAAGACAAAAUCAUUAGAGUCAUAUUAACUAUACAUAUGUUUAAUGUGUCCCUGCCUUAAGUUUAGGAAUGCUGUUGCACUGUAAUAUAUAGUAGGAAUAAAGAGAGAGAGAGAGAGAGAGGAGGGAGAGUUGGAGGAGGGGAGAUGAGAGAUGGUGGGAGGAGGAGAGAGGAAGGAAGAGAUGAUGGGAGCGCUUAUUGUGUUCCCCAGGUGGUGUAUGUACCAGAUGGAGAAGAAGAAGUCGAUUCGCCGAUCAGCGCACUUGCCAUCAGUCGAGUAAUUCCCCGCAAGUCGGCCCCGCCCUUCCUUAAUUACAGCAGCCCCACCCCCGAGAGGGAUGUCCCGCCCAAAGACAAGUCUCUGCCCACCAAUCAGAUGAAAGCCAGCAAGAAGAAACUUGAAUUAACCAGAAGUCAAGAACUCUACCCCAAAGCUAUUUUAGAGGUAAAACGAGGGAGAAAGAGGACGGUGUCGUCGUCGGCAACGAUGGGGCACGAGGUGGACCAGGAACCAACGGAAACGUACAUCUCCAUCACUUCCAAAUACAUCAGUGACGACCAAGGGUGUGUGCAUGGGGUAUUGACCAUGAGCACGACGUCUCUGAUGUUCAGACCGAACCAGUCAGACCCGCUCGUCCAGGAACAUGGGGUGGAGCAGUACGAACUUCUGAUUCCUCUGAAUGACAUCACCCAUGCCAGUAUCACCAGAGAUGUGGCCCUGCCGAGAAGGCAACCAUUCUCAUCGCCACGGCGACAGUCCAGCAUAAGAACUCAGAAAAUCGACGAUGCCGUUGUCAUGGAGCCGUUACAACAAGCCACGCCCCCUGAAAAUCGACAAGAGGUGGUUGAGGGUAAAGAAACAGACGGAGGGAAUGAAGGAAAAAGCACCGAAUCGAGAGAAGAGGGUGUGGCAAACACUGGAAUGGAACGGAGCCCGGCACCGACCAUGUCUGAUACCGAUGCAGAAUCGGAACGUGACUCGGGGACUAUCGCAACAUCAAUUUCGCUCUCUGAUGUUUCGGGUCCACCGACAGAGGUGCAUGAGAGAGAGAAGAUGGAGGACGAGAGGGAGGGAGGGGAGGGUGAGGGAGAAGAAGAAGGGGAGAGAAAAAUGGCGACGGAAGAAGUUGAGAGGAAGACAUCGACUGAUUCUCAAUCCCAGGCUCUCUCCCGACAAGAAGACGAUGAUGUCACCAUUAAUAGUAAUAACCAGAAUAACGAGAUUGGCCAGGAAAUGGCGUCAUCGCCCGACGACCUAAUGGCGAUGCUCACGGGGGAAACCCCCUUCAGACCACGCCCACCAGCCUUGUCCCAGUGCAGCGUGAUGUCACUAGACGCAUUUCUAGGCGACACGGCAUAUUUCCUCCACUUCCGAGUUGUCAGCAAUUCGGGACAAAGAUACACGUACACUCCGGUGAACUCGAUGGGGGGAAUAGACAUUCCUGGUGAGACGGGAGGAGGGAAGACAGGCUCGCCCCCCGCCCAGCGUGUCAAGACCUUUUUCUGUUUCGUUGUUCCCGAGAUAAAUCUGGAGAAAGUGGUUUCGUUCUUGUCACUCCAUCAUCCGCAAGGCUCCGCCCAUCUGGGGUCGCCUAGCGACAAACAGAGGUGGACCGACAGCCAUUUUGACGUCAUUCAUGGACCUCGCUCUGAAGGAGAUGAGCUGUCGUUUUGCGAAGAUCACUUCAAGCCUGAUUCCUGGGAGGUUUACUCUCUCUCUGACCUCCACAAGUAUCGUCACGUGAUAUCUCUGAUGGAGGUGGAAGAAAAUCUUCCCCUGCCCGCCAUGUCAGACGAUAGCUUGCUGUUGACAAAUAACCACCUCAGAAAGCUACUUAUCCAUCUUCCGUCGCAAGCCAUCGGCCACGACAUGCAGCUGGUCUACUCGACCUUCUGCCACGGAAUUAGUCUGAGGACGAUGUACAGGAAAAUGCUGGCCUUUGGCGACACCCCAGUGCUACUGGUCGUCAGGGACGAUUGUAACAAGGUGUUUGGAGCCAUGGCGUCCAGCUACCUGCGACUGAGUGCCAAGUUCUACGGGACAGGCGAGUCUUGUCUCUUUACCUUCGACGAGGACGACAAACUCGAAGUGUUUCCGUGGACGGGACUCAACAGUUACUUCAUCAAGGGCAACACUGACAGUAUCGUCAUCGGCAGCGGAGAUGGUCACUUUGGUCUAUGGUUGGACGAGGAUUUUCUCCAUGGCAGCAGUUUCAACUGCGAAACCUACGGCAACCGUCCCCUAGCAACCACGGAAGACUUUCUCUGUACAGGCGUGGAGGCAUGGGGUUUCGGACGGGGGAACCCAUAAUUAACCAUCAAUCAGUCUCGUUAACGACCACGCCCCUUUUACAAUCAAGGGGCGUGGCCA